AUGGCGGAUUCAGGAAUACGCCGGGAUGUUUCGGCUUCUUGUACACCCCAAAGGCCUGUUCCAAUGAAAUUAUUUGCUACUUGGGAAGUGGAGAGGACAUCGCCAAAUUGUGUGCCGCGGUGAGUUUGUCUCAAACGCAUUUUCGUUUGUUUUGCGUCGUACGAGACUUUCACAAAUAUCGCGGGCAGAUCGAUACUGAGCGAGUUGUUUGAUUGACAGUGAUGCCUCGAACAUUCCCUUCCAAGUUUUGUCUUUCUUAGUUUAAACGUUCUACAGUUGGUUGCUGUUCAGCUGUAACUCGCUGUAAGAUCGUUGUAUUGGUUAAUGCUGUUAUUAUUUAACUGUGGCCAUCGAAAGCAAAUUCAAUCUCACUUUAUUUGAAUUGUCAGGCGAAACUAUUCACACUGAACUCCUCUAUCCUAGCCUGGAACACGUGUUUUCGCGUUACACACAGGAGAAUCUUUGUCUUAUAAUUUUCCCUUGUGAUUAGGAAUUUUGCUCAGCGAAUUUUCAGUUUUAACUUAAUUUCUUAAUCAAGGCAGAUGGCAACGGAAGUGAAGGCUUUGUCAGCGAAAAAUGAAGCAAUUGACAGUUGCAUAUCGGAACUUUAAUCCUUUUCUAGUUGAAUUUAUUUAUUUUUGAAUUUAUUGGGCACUUUCUUUGCUGUGGAAAAACGAUAAUUGGGGAAUAAUUAUGCCUUAAAAUUCACAAGCGACCCCACAGAUCAAGCAAAAUGUGAUUUUGAUCGUGCCUAAAACAUCCGCAUAAUGUACUACAACAAAAGAACAGACUGCAUGCAAUCGAAUUUGGCGAGAAAACGUCUAUUUGUCAGCUUCGGUUCAUAUCGAUCAUUUUUAUGGCUUUUUGACUUGAGUUUGCUUUGAUACACAAACACAGUGAAUCUCUGUGUUUGGUUGUAAAACUGAGCCAAAUAUAGAACUUGGUUCAAGUGCGGACUGAAAUGCAAAUUUUUUUAUUGUUGUUGGUCGAAUGCAACUGACACCCUUUGAAUUGAAUUCAGAACGUUCACGGCGUUCUACAAGACUUGAAUUUCCUGAGAAACGACGUGCUUAUUUCUUAAUAAACCCUUUUUGAAUCAGUGGGUUUUUUAUGCGUGCCUUGGGGGAAAGGAUCUAAACUUUGAUAUUAAUUGUUUAUUCAAAUUUUUAAAAUAACUCAACCUAAUAUCUUUCAUUGUCAUUGUUACAAAUUUUUCAUUUUCUUGCUGCGUGCAUUUUCUUUUUGUUUCUUAAAAUUAUUGAAGCAAAAUGAAAGCAUUUUCUUUUUGUAGCUGUUGAACCCAGUGUUUUUGAUAUUCUAACUAUUAAAUGAAUCUGUGAAAUCUGUAAUAUAGUAUGCAAAAUAGCCUCUAUUUUUACCCAGAAAAGAUAAACCAUCUGACACAAUUUUAUUAAAGGAAAUUAUUAAUUGCUUAAAUCUUCUUUUUUCAACUAAUCUCAGGGGGGUUUCUUUCUAUUCUUGCAAAACAAAAGAUCAAAUUUUUUGUUUACUUGAGUGUUUAAUUUUUAAGAAAGUCUCCAGAAAUUUUUAUUUUGCUUUUUAUUUGCACUGCUAGAUAUGGCGAUAAAUUAUCUUUGGAAGCUUUUGUGGGAUGAUAAAGUUUACAUCUGUGCAUUUUCCAGACCCAUUUCUUGAGAAUCAUAUGGUUUUCUUCAUCAGCUUGAAGUUACUUUUUCUUAAAUUUAAUGUUAUAUUUUUGGAUGCUAAAAAUAACCAAAAAUUGAUUUGAUACUGUCAUUAAUGUAUAUUGCAUGCACUUACCAAUAUAGCCAGCAGGUGUUCAAAAAACACUUUAUAGCCUUCUCUUUUAUUUGGAAUAAUACUACAUUUGCUUGCUGUUUUAUCAUAAAGAGUAUUUUGUAUUUGACUGAUAGGAUUAAAAUUACCAUUUUAUACAUUGUAUGUAUUGUGGUUCAAUUUUAUCCUUAGUACAAUGAAUUUUAUGUUUCUUUUUUAAACUCAAUACAAAAACAAAAGAAAAGAAAAGUUGAUUAUGAAUAAUAUUGAUCUGAUCCACAACAAGACCUUAGUAGUUUGAGCCAUGCAUUUUUUAUCAGAGCUGGGUAUAUUGUAGAAUUUGUUUUUUAAUAAUUUUUAUCCAGGAAAAAAACUACAGUUUCCAUCAUGCAAUUCAAAUAUAUUUUUGAAAUGACUAUUUAUUUUAUUUUGAUAUGUCUGAGGAUGUCAUGGAUUUUGCUUUUCAUAAAAUUUGUGUACCAGGAGUUGUAAUUUGAACUGAAAGUGAGUGCUGGCUAGAACUGAAAGCUGUUAUCGGGAAUAAAAGCUUCUAUUAAAUGUUGUUUUGAUUUAAAUAUUAUAAUUAUGGCAAAAGUGAAAUACAGAGAAGCAAAAAGGUUUAGACAAAAAUUUUAGCUGUAGUGACUUUGCCCACUGAGGUAAUUUAUUGAUUAAUGUUCAUAUCUAAAACUCUGGCUGCUGUAAAUCUUCAACUUAGGUAAAAAAUAUGUAUAAUUAUAUAUGUUACAGGUCAAAAUUAAAUUUAAGUUUAAAGCUUUUUAAACAUAUUCAAAUUCAAAGACAGCAAAUUGUAGUAGUUGCUAAAAAAUGUAUCGACGUGUCCCAACUGUUCAUCAGUAGGAUGCCAAAAAUGCGUGCAAUUCCACUAUAAUGGUUUCGGCUCCAUUAAAUCCUAUACCAAUUGACGACAAAAUCAGUUGAGACGCUGCCUGAAAGGGGCUUUUUGACAUUUUAGCGACUUUAAAUGGGGAUAAUAAAGCUUUUCCUCCCCCAUCCCCUCCGGGCAACGUUGUGCCACUGUUCGAGCUACCUGUGGAAAACAACAAACACCCCAGCUGUGAAUGGAGGGGAGAGGGAAGGGGUGUGGAUCCUUUUGUUCUCUGAAGUAUAAUGUCUCAAUGAUUUUGUCGUCGAUUGUAGGUUGAUUCUCAGUUAUUUUCCUUUUUCUUGUAGCCCUAAUUAUUCAUGAAUUAGGGCUAGGAGACAAAGGAAAGUAAUUGAGAAUCAACCUAUGUUAAAAAAAAUUAACCUGAAUUUAAUUUUGACCUGUAACAUAUAUAUAUAAAUUUAAACUUUAAAGAAUUAAUCUUCCCCUUUUUAAGACAAGAAGAGUCCAGUACAGGAGACUCCAAAUUAUUAUAUUUACAUCUUUUGGCAAAAUUUUCUUGGGUUAUUAUUGGGUUUCUUGUGAUAAUUUUUAUUGCUGAGAACAGUACAGAAUGACAAGGAGAUACACCCUUAGGACUGUGUGGUGCUAUAGCAGCACUUGGUGGUCCCUGGUGCCUUGCCUUUGCUUUUGAGCAAGCUCAUGUGUACGAAAUCGUAUUUUUUGCUUUAAAAUCUUAUGCUGGGCACCCUGGAUCUUAUAGUUUCAAUGCAUUAAUGGGUUCCCUACAGUUUUUUCUAAGAACACAGCAUUGACCUCAAAUUAAACAUCCAAGGCCCUGUUUGUCAAAUUUCAGCAUUUGACGUACACCACAAAGAUGGGUUGAAAUUACGACAGUGACAAAGAUAAGUACAAAUGUGAGGGUAAAACACUGACAGGGACUUUGCUUGCACCGUUAUUUCUUGAAACAAUGUGUUUUAAAAUUCAGACUUAUUAAAGGGACGUGCAUAUCCCCCCUGCCUCCCCCUAGAGGGCCGGGUUACCAGCAAGAAAAUUAAAACCUGAUUGUGUUUUUCAGACUUUGCACGAUGACACUGACGAGACUGGAAUUAUUGAAGCCCCUAGAGCCAAGCCUGACUGAAGUGAUAAUUUCUGUUUCCAUGCAGGUAAAUGAGUAAAUAUUCUGGCUGCUUGCAUUCACUUGAUUGGUAUCUAAGCCCCCCUUUAACUUACACUGGGCAUUGAUAUUGAUUUGGUUUAUUAGGGACCUUACGCAACGACGACUACAAUGUUGGCAGUGAAAAUGUCGCUUAAACAAAAUGAAUUUGCAUUCUUUCAAACUUAAUCGCAUUUAUUUGGACCCGCUUAACCCUUUAAGUCCCAAUAGUGACCAACAGCAAUUUUCUCCUAACAAUGUCCAUACAUUGUCAAGAGAUAAGGUUGUAAGAAUAUAAAAAAUGAUCACAAAAGAGAAAAUGCCUUGAUGGUUUUAUUAAAUUCUCUCAACUUAUUCUUAAAGGUAAUGUAUGGAGAUCAGUUUGGAGAAUUUGUAUGUGGAUAUCGGGGCUUAAAGGGUUAAUAUGUCAAAGGCAGGCGACUUUUCCUGCAACCUCGUUCCCAGGGGUCUCUCCUACCCGCACUACGCCCAUAGGGCGGGGGGGGAGGAGAGAACCCUGGGAAUGAGGUUGCUUUUCCUGGAGUCGAAUUCUUAAGGAUUUUAUUCAAGUUCAAAAAGAGGAAGGAAAAUUCAUCUUCGUAUGUCCACGUCCUCCAUAAAAUGUGAAAUUAGGAGGUAAACUUCACAUUGUAGUCGUGUAGUGGACAUCAAAGAAAUGUACUAAAAGCAUGAUGCACGUGCAGAGCUGUUGUUUUGAUCAUUAAAUCUAUUGUUUUUUGAAGUUGUGGUCGUUGUCAUCAUCAUAGUUGCUUAAGCUCCGUAUUAGUUAUUACAUAUUGAAACUUAAUUGAAAACCAGUAAAUAUAAUAUGAUUCAAAUGAAUUUUGAUCAGCACUUAAAUAUAUAGCUUUGCCUUGCAUUGAAGCAUUAUUUUCUUAUUCCAGUUAUAAGCCCCUUUGGAUACAAGCCCCUCUGUUGAUAAGCCCUCCUUAUGAAGGUUUUUUAGCCGACAGCUUAUAAGCAGCAGUUUACAGUAUUGAAUUCCAUCUGGGUCAGUGUGGAAGCAGAGGAACUCUGCUUCAGUAUAAUUUAGUCACUUACUUGAUCACUUUCACCUUAAAGGGGCUACCUUAUGUUGUUUGUUAAAAGUUAAAACACGUCUUUGCAUCAAGUGAAUUCCAAAAAUAUUGGUCGCAUUUUGUUUUUUAAGACUUUAUUUACCAGUAUUUAUGUCAUUUGUUCCUAUGGAUGGCAAGAAUACACGAGGAAUAAAACAUGGACAUGGAAAAACAAAAAUUAAAAUUGAUCAUUUCAGAAACAAUUCUCUUCAUAUAAUAAUAUUAUUGCCUUAUUACAGAGUUCUCGCAGGAUUCUGAGAUCCAAUGAGAUUGUUCUUCCAUCCUCGGGUCUGAUUGACACUGAACUGGAUUUGUCCUUCUCACUUCAGGUCAGUUGAUAGUACAUACAUACCCUCUUUUAAAUACAUUCAGUCGAACCUUGGUAAUACGGCCACCAAUCAGCAAUGAGUCAAAAAAAUUUGGCUGUAUUACUGUGGCAGGCUCAAAUCUCAUGACUUGAGGUCCGUAAUGGCAAAUACACCGUACACCCCAAUUUUGAACAACUAUUCUCAUUAAUAAACAUCUGGAAUGUAAAUAUCACGUACAGUAAUUGAAAAAGCUACUUAAAAUCUUCCUUCAGUACAUGAAACUCUUUUAAAAUUCAGUGUACUGUAGUCUAAAAACAGUACAAGGUUAAGCUCAGAUUACCUAAGGUCAAUAAAAUUGACAAGUUACAGGCAUUUUGAGUAUUAACGGGGUGAAAUUAUAAGAGAUUCUAUCAUUUAGAUUUUAGAUUGUGCCCAUUGGCCAUAUUAACGGGUGACUGCAUUAACGGGGGUUUUUUAUAAGGGAAUGUAUGGCCAUUUUGCUGGGCCAAAAAAACUGGCCGUAAUAUAAUAUAUAAAGAGGUGACUGUGUUACCAAGGUGGCCGUAAGGUGGGGUUCCACUGUAAUAUUAAUUUUGUUCUGGUCAAGUAACUUUUAGAGGUAGUAUCACACACCCUGGGAACACUUCAGGUUAGGUUGAUUUCUUUCAUUUUACUUUACCUACAUGUACAUGUAUAGUACCCGCACUUUUUGAAGAGAGCUGGGAACAACCUUCAGGUAAUGCUUCAAAGACGAAAGAAAUACAAGAAUCGCACCAUCCUUGGGUUCAAAACUUUGGCUGUUGGAUUGGUAAACAUGGGUCAGGUGAGAGACUGACUGUAGACUUCUAGUUACAUGUAAUUACCUGUUGCUCUGUUGUUGUUGUUUUUGUUGUUGUUUUCUCAACCCUUUCAAUCUCGGUCGUCUUUUAAAUGACAGUCUUUAUUAUUUGAUCUGUCUGAUAAUCAUUUCUAAGCGCUGUUAAUUGGGCGUAGCCAAAUUUUAGUUGGACACCGUCAAAAUAACUGACACUUUUGAACAUUUGUACCUGGCUCUGAAUGGUCACUUUUUGUGCAAGACUUACACAUGUAUCGUAAGCCUUAAAUGUAACAGACAAAGGAAACUGAGUUUCAAACCAGGUUGAAAUCAUUUUAACCUUCACUAAAGUAAACUAAAAGAUCAGGAUCCAAUUGUAUUAUUAGGGUGCAUUCAAAAGACCGUAUUUAAUAAUAAAUGGACAGGGUUUGCAAAUUUUAUUGAUGAGUGGAGUCAGUACACGUGACUUCUGCUUCACAAAUUUUGGAGUCAUUUUGGAAUACCACAACGAAAAAAGCCAUUUUCAGACUUUCCAGCACAUGGCCCUGGCAUGGAUAUGUUGUAGUUAAUUUUUUAUCUCAGGUAAUUUUUAUUUUUCCUUUGUUUCAACUUCAUUAGCAUACAUUACCAUACCCCAAAACAAAAGAAAAACAAAAAUUACCUAAGAUAAAAAAUUAACUACAACAUAUACACUAUCUUGUCAAGGGAUACAUGAAGUAGCUGUGGCAGACCUCUGACGUGGAAAGUUCAAAUCCAUGAUGGCGGUCAUCGAGUAAACUUUGAUCGUAAUUUACCCUGACCUCCUGUUUUGUUGUGCAGUAUAAUUCUUUAAUUUUGAUGAUUCAAUUAAGGUUUACAAUGUUUACAAUUAACGUAAUAUUAAAUUGUAUUUGUUGUGAAAAAGGUUACAAGGACAAAACUUUGUUACCGAAAAUUUCUGGAGUUGAAGUGACUCCCUCCGUAAACUCAGUGGAGUCAUCUGAACAAUUUUGGCGCAAAAUAUGCCCAAUUUGGCAUAUUUGCGAACCCUGAUGGAAUAUAAACUCUGAAAAUCACUAGUUUCUGGCAAUCAUUGGACUGUAAAAUCCAGAAAUCUGGUGGGCAAUAAUAACAGUUAAUUAAUAGUUUUUAGCAUGCUGAUGGUCAAAAAGGUUGCAGUUGAAGAGAUUUAACACCAAUUUCAAUGUAUUCUUACUCCAGAAUGCGAUCAAUCAAAUGUAUCCUUAGAAUAUUAGGUAACAUUUAUAUAUCGUGAUUAUUAUUACAUACUUGUUGUUUCCAGGUCCUUCAGCAUGCAGUAGAAAAUCAGUUAAAGUUGUACACAAAGGGAACACCUGCCCCUGUGGCACAGAUUACUGUCAACUCUCUUACUAGGUUGGUUGUGCUUGGGUAAAACUACAUAACUUUUCGUGGUAGCUUUUCUUCUUGCAAUGUACAAUCAGUUACAAAAUUGUUGGUCGCAACACUGAAGUUGUCAUGUGAGGUAUAGUUCGCCCUCUCUCCCCAAGCAAUGUUGACUUGUUCCUUUUCGGUUGUUACUUUUGGGGCUUUUCUUUUUGUUGGCCGAAAACUGUUAUCUUAAUGAAAAUUGUACAAAUGUAGUCAGUAUCUACCUCCACUAAGUAACGCGCAAAUCUUAGCUUUUGAAGGUGGUUUCUUAUAUGGCCACUUGAAGUUGUCUGUAAUGCAGCUGCUAUGGAUCUCCUCUGUAAAAGAUUUUUGCUUAUGUCUUAAUUAGCAGUGAAAAUUAUUGCACUUUAAAGUUAGUACAUGUACAUGUACAUUUUGUGAAGAAGCAGUUUUAAUCAUUGAAUGCAAAGUAAUUAGCUUAUUUCCUGUGUAUUCACAGCCAGCCGGUUGAAACAGAUAGAAUGACUGGAUCAGCAGUAAGAGGUGCGUACAGUAGUAAAAUACAUAGUGAGAGACUUGAUAAUUUUACAGAGUUUGAUAACCAUUGGAAUUUAAUAAUGUGUUGUGUUUUUUGUUCAGGUGAUGGUGAUGAGAACUCUAGUGAUGAUGAUGAUGAUUACUCGUUAUCAGACCAGGAAGCAAGUGACAGUGGUGGAGAUGCUGUAAGCACAGCUAAUUUAGUUUGCUUUAUCUCUGUGUGCUUGGACCACAACACAAAAAUUCUCUUUUCGUCACUUACAAUGUAAUAAGUAUGUUUUAGCUGCCUUCAGUUCUGAUACAAACUCGGCCCCUUUUCAUAUUCAUAAGUGGUUGUGCACAAAGCCUUGUUUUGAUGAAGGAACUCGAUUUUUCUUUCAAGGAUAUUCUUGAUGUGGAACAGAGACAGGGAGGUAAAAUAAGGCGUGGAAAAAUAACAAUACCAGCCAAGGUAAAUAAAACCAAACUUUCAUGUUUAAAAUUUUGUUUUAACUCUUUUGAUGUGAUUAUAUUUGUACCAAAAAUUGACAUAAAAAGUGAGUUAAGAUUUUCAUUAUGUAAAGAAACAAUGCACCAUGUUUUGAAGAAAAUGUAGCUUAUUAAUCUGUAAUAGCUGUAGUAUAGAACUUUUUAUGCAGUACGAAAAAUCUAAUUAUAUAAUAAUAGAGUAAAAUUCAUCUUAUCAGUCAAUACUUUCACAAAUAAGAGAUUCUGUGUAGUGCACUUUUUUUAGCAACAUAGUUACAUAUUAAAGCUGCAGGGCAGGUAAAGCGGAUCAUCAGACAAUUUCUUACUAAAAAUUUGCCCAUUUCUCACAAUGUCAGAAGUGAUGUCCAGACAAAGUUAAUAGUUAAGACUAUUAUUUUUAAUUUUCAGAUGAACAAAAUCUACAUUGAACGUUCGUGAAUAAUUUACGAAUACUCAAGACAGAUUUAACUUUUUUUGUCGUACCAAUUAGAUAGUAGUAUUGUAGUGAAUAUGUGGUGCAGCUGUGUACUUGCAAUUUAAGAUACAUACAUGUAAUGUGUCCUUUUAGGGAAUUGGAGAGCAUUUUUGUUUUUUUUGACAAAAAUGGUUUCUUAGACAGACAUAUGCCCUUUUAAUAAUAUUUUUAUCAUGUAAGUGCUGGAAUUUUAUUUCUUUGACUGAUGUGCCCAAGGAGUUUAAUGUUAUAUUCUUUUUUUAUUAUUUAGCACCAGAAGAAUUUUAAACAAAAGUUUAUUGCACUCCUUAAGAAGUUUAAAGUCCCAGAGGAGGUGAGUCUAUUGUUAGCCUGCGAACAGCAGACCCAGAGAUUUCUGGUCGUCGCUUCUCUCCCUCCAAAAAUUGGGAAAAUAGGGAGAGAAGCGACGACCGGAAAUGCGUGUUUUUCAAUGUGUUUUUACAUUCAUGCUGGUUUCCGCUUUGAGCUGAUUAGUGGAAAUCUGACAGCUCAGUCGAUGUGGAGCCACUGGAAAAUUGGAGGCAGAAUUCAAAUUUCAGAGACAUACAUGUGGUUGUAAGCUCUCCCCCCUUUUUUCUGCCCUGGUGCCAGAAGGCCCCAAAGUGCUUGCUCACAGGCCACCUCUGAGAAUUCUAGACAAUCAACGGUGUCACCACUCAAGCAGACUACUGUAUUUGACUCACGUGUUUAAUUAUUUCUUGAAGGCAUUAGUUAAUGAGAUGGGAACUCUUCAGGAUAUGGAUAUCAGCCCUCCAGAAAAUGAUGAGGCAGGGGAUGAUUUUCUCUUUCCUGAUGAUUUAGAAGACUUGGACAGUGACAUGGAAAAUAACCUUCUUGAAGACUCCAUAAGUAUUGUGUCAACACCUAAACCUUCUCUCAGGUAUUAAAUAUGGUAUUUUAUUAAAUUCCGUUUCAAGACGGAGUCAUCGUUAGGUCAGCGUCUUGGUCAUACUUGUCAACUUGUUUGCCCCAGCCCUACCAAACCUGGAGAUUUUUAAUCAUGUUACAAAACAAUGUAUGUUUAUUUUGAUUAGUUGAAUGGAAUGCUUGUAAACUAGCAAGAGCUGCAUGUGCACUUUCACUAAAAAUAAGACAUACCGUGGUUCUGUCAUUUUGUCAGAUUGUUUUACAUUUUUUAUAGGAAUUAGCCUGCAUGGCAAGCAUUCGAAAGGGAAGGGAAAGGGGAUUUUGGGCCAAAUUCCCUUUCCCUUCCAUUUCGAACGCCUGUCACACAUGCUAUAUAGAAAUCAUUUGACCAGAAUUUUUCUUUACCACCAGUUGCAAAAUGUUGAGGCACUUUGAAGAAAAACCGGCCUUUUUUACCUCAAAUUGUUGCUGGUCACACUUCUCUGAGAUAUAACACUCCCUCUACUCCCUCCCCUCCCUCCCCUCCAGUCAAUGUUGCUCAUCUAAGUUUUGAGCAUGGUCUUUUACUACUACCAACUUUGUACAUGGGAGAAUGGGGAAUCACAAGCACAAGAUCGUGGACAGGCUAUAUGAAUCUCACAAAACGUGUCCCAAGUAGUUUUGCAACUGGUUUUAGCACUUCAAAUACUUCAAAUGCCAGUUUCAGAUUCUUUCAGAAUGGUCAAGUCAACUUUUUGAUGCCAUUGAUAAAACACAUGACUUCGUUUUAUUUGUUUUUAGACCUUUCUUUGACCCUAGAAGCUCAGUUGAAAAUGUUUCAAAUCAUGUCGACACUUUGGUAAGUUAUGAUUUUGAUGGAUAACGUGAUUAAGGGGCAAUAUUCCAGCAAAAUUUGCCUGUGAAACAGUUAAUAGAAGAGUCGGUGUAGCCCACGAGCAAGCUCUGCAAUUAUGGCGAGCGAAGCGUCUCCUUUCGCGUGCGACUCUCGCAUGACUUCGAGCGGAAACCGGUCGUUUCGAUACAAGCUCAACCAGUGAAACUGCACAAAGAUUUUGUUCACUUUAAGUAUAGUUUGCCAGUGAACAAGAAAAACAUUUUGGGUGAAUAUCUUCGUUCUUUAAGCCAAGUAUGUGGAACUAUUUACACUUCGAAUGAAUAAACUUGUAUCCAAACGACUUGUAUCGAGACAACUUUGUAUCGAAACGACCGGUAACCCUUCGCGCGACUCCCCCAAAUGUAGAGCUUCCUUGCAGGCUAAGGGUGAGGUUACACGGGACAAUUCGCCACGAAAAUUUCUAGCGCAGCAAAGCGUUGCAAUGUUGAAACAAUGCUGCAACCAUUCGAAACAAUAUCGCAACAAUGUUGCAACGCUGUAUUGCGCUAAGAAUCGUCGUUGCGAAUUGUCCCCUGCAACAUCACCUUAAAGAGAGUGAGCAACAUAAAACUGUGAUAUGUCAAUGGCAACAACAACGACAAUACCUUUAUUCGCCUUGUACUUAAUUAAUUACAUACACACGUGAAAGAGAAAAUAUAUAUAUAUUUAUUUAUUUGUACUUAAUAAGGCCUGGAGCUGAAAUAAUCCUAAGAUUUUCUAGCCAGUUCUCCAGAAUUUAAAGUUUUAGAGAAUUGAGAUAGAAUUUAUUUCCAAAGAAGCAGUUUUAAAAUACAGUGUAUUAAGAAAGAAAGAGUAUAUGCUUAAGUUAUGUUAACAAGUACAUCAUCGUAUUUCCCAUUUGCGAAAUCAACUAAACGUUUUAACUCCUGAAACCCGUUGUUCAGAUUCUCUAACUUUCGUUCUAAGGGUUCUAUUGCUUCUUUUAAAAGAUUCUUAAUCUCUUCUCGUGUAAUACCCAUUUUUGCGCCGUUUUGGACGGAAGGCCGUUCAAACCCGACCGACCGCCAUCACGGCAAAUGCAAAUCCAAGCAGGCUAAUUGUUAUUUGCUGAUGCUGAAAGCUGAUUUGCCAGGCACUGAUAAGCCACAUUUUUUUGUGAUACAAGCUAAACAAUAAUUGGUUAAAUUUCAAUGAGUAGCUUGUUUUGUUGAAUAAUGUUCUGGUACAUUAGAUUGACGAAGAAGAGCUUAGAAGUCCGCCGUCGUCAAUUCAGGUGCAGGAAGCUGAAGAUAUUCGAGUAGAUCAUGAAAUGGUGAGUUUUGUUGAAAUAAUGUAUCAGUUAAUGAGUUUGUAGCAGUAGCAUUGUUGUACAUGUAAGUUCACUUGUUUGUUCGUUUGUUUGUGCGUAGGACGUUGUAAGUCCACCGUCUGACGGAGAAAAUCUUUCGGACUCGACGAACACGUCUGACGCUUUGUCAGGAGGAGGCUUGGACGAGACGCCGUCUGUACGACGGAGUGUGUCAUUCAAGGAAAAACGAAAUUUGGAUGACUCGGACACUUUAACCAAAAGAAGAAACAGCGAUAUCGAUCUACAGGUGGGUUUAAAGCCAUUCAUAUUUUGCUUGUUCUUCAUUUAUAUAGAAGUUGCAGGAAUAUAAUCCCCAAUAAAAUAAUUAAUUAUUGAAGCCGAAGAAGCUAAAUGUGUUAUUCCUGAUUUCAGCUACCGAAAGUCACGUUAAACGAGCAAUUGAGCAGUGUGUUAUCAGGGGAUAUUCCUGAGUCCAUUCUGUUGAUCAAUACUGCCGAGUGGCAAGGACAGGUAAGGAGGGAAGUCUGCUCCAAGUUACUUUUAAGUUCAGUUACCAGAAUGAUAAAUGUAUGUGUGUUUUCAACGCAAAAAAACGAGGUGAAACGUUUUCCGUCCGUCGUAUGUCGUUUUCUGAACUUGCGAUGAUCUCCUUUACGUUUAAUUCUGCAUUCCGCAGUUCUAAUAUAUGAUUUUCAUUUAAAUUUAUUCUUUAUAGCGUUUUCUGAUCGAUUUUCAUCUCACUUUCACCAUCCAGAAUAAUCUGGACACAAUUUGAAAACGAAAAGUCCUCAGCUCUUGGCCGUCGACGAAGCAACUCGCCCUAACAUGACCAUCUCAUGACCAUUUCGUGUCUGUGUUUUUCGAAAAUCCUCAUGUUCGACCCACCACGUUACACCACUUAGCCCCUGUUUUCAAUUCAGUUUUCGCCCUGGUGACCCUUUCUGUGGGUGACCAAAGACUCCGAUUUGGCGUCUACGGUAGGUGGCAUAGAGGAGAAAAAGCGAUGUGUUUUUAAUGCGCACGGCGCGUUUGGGUUUAUGUAAUAGCACUCUCAGAACGCUGUUUGACGGUAUGAGGUUUAAUUUUUCCCUCUUCUGUUUCUGCAGCUGUUGGCACUAAAGCUCUGUGAUAAAGCUGUGAAGAUGAUUUGCACGAGAUCAAGUUCAGACGUACAUGCAGUUUUCUUGGCCAUCGUAAAUAAAUAUCAGAAAUUGUAAGAAGACACCAAUUCUCUUAUAACCUUCUGUGUCAUGUUGUGUCUCACGUUAUAUCCCUUCUUUCUCGUUAGCUGUAAUACACAUCCAAAGUCAACCCGACAGCUGAGUGUAGCGAUCGCCGGCACAGAGUCGUACAUCAGCGCUGUACUGCAGCCUUACGUGGAACACUUCGCUUCAAAGCCAUCAGAUUGGCAAAAUUUUCUUCGCUUUCUCGUUAUUCCCCUCGGUAAGUUCAUACAACUACCUUUUUUAAAAGGAAGUACCGAAAGACUUUGCGAAAGGCAAAGCCUCCCUCACGGUCGUAGUUUAUAUUUGUUUUGUACCUCAUGACAGGUCACUCGGAUAAAUCUCUUCUCCCUAUGCCCUUUUUUACUUGAGCAACCAUUUUUGUCCAUUUUAAGAUUUAAGUUUUAGGCAUAAUACACAUGUGCAUAUCGCGUGCUAAUUUUAAGUUACAAAUUCUUCCUUCUUGUUCCUUACGUUUUUAUCGACGUACUAGGGAGAAUUUGUUUAAAUAUUUUAGAGAAUGUAUCCUGAGUGAUCAUAUACUAAAUUUUCAUAAUCUCCAUGAAUCACUGUUGGGGCUUGAAGAGUUAAUCCAAUUUGUUUAUGGUUUACAGACAGUCAACCGUUAGCCAAGUAUAUCGCUUCGUUGGAUCCGAGGUACAGCUCUCUUUUCAUGGACAAUGUUUGGAAAGAAGCGUUUGAACACUCUGACACGACUGUCGGUGAGUCUGUAGCAUACUUUCUCUGUCUGUUGAUAAUGAAAUCUGGUUAUCUGGUGACUGGUCCACGAUUUCUGCAGAGGGGAAGCAAAAUUCAUGAAUGGCAAAAAUUCUGUUCUAAAUGGCCUUGUACCAUUUGCACAGUUGUCUAUUUCCAGGAAGGCGUUCGGUAGUACUUGUCAUCAUUCCCGAGUGAAAUUUCCUCCUUAGUCAGGACGACUAUUAUAGCCUUGCCAUAUACACUUCAACGUAAACUUCAAAUUUGAAAAUGUUUAACUCCCCUCCGAACGACCUUGCUGUCUUUGCCAAUUGAAGUGCCUGAAAAAGGUUGUAACUUCCUAUGUAACUUCCAAUGACACGAAGUUUAAUGAUUUUGUCAGUAGGUGCAGAAAUAACCAACAAAUUUUAUGGCCUCGUAUUGUUUUUUUUUUCUAUUGAGUUGUUUUCUAAUCUCUUCCUACAAACGUCUGGUAGGUAGAUUUGUUAACACUUUCAGCUAUUUUUAAGCUGCUUGACCGCUCUGUAGUCUUAGUCCCACGCUAACAACAUGGCGUUUUUUUUUUUAAUUAUAGACUUUGAGGAAGUCAGCAGACGAGUCAAAACCUUCAUGUCAACGGCCACUAUCGCACAUAACCUGCCGAUUGCUGAGGCACUUGUAAAUACAAAACCAAAAGGGUUAGUGAAAAUUAAUGGAUCUUAACCUCAUUCCCAAGAUUUAAGGUUCCUUUAGAGCAACCCGGGCCUGCUGUCUGUUAUUGUGUUGUUUCCUCCUUCGAGCAAGCUCUCAGGACAGUCUCUGUGUUCGACCCGCGGGCGAACGGGAUGGUGGGAAUGGGACGAGGGAGCUGUCCUUUGUUCCCUUCCCUCCCCCACUUCCAAACCCAACCAAAGAACUCCCAGAAAGAGAGCGUGCUCCCAUGCUUCCCACUUUGUUGCCAAAGUUUCAGUAGAUGAAAUUUAAGAGAAAGUAUUGAUUGUUCGGCAGUAACCGAGCGACGGACUACGGUGAAGAGGGAAGGCUAAUAUUUUUGUUCCUUUAUAGCUCGACUUUUCAGAUUGCACUUCCUUUAUCUCAGAGCAUAGAAUGUAGUGUUUUCAUUCCUUGGUUAUCAUGGAUUGCGAUUAGUCGCAUCUAGGUAAAUCGUGUAUCUCUGUAUUUUUCCUUAAAGCUGAUUUUUCUUUUUUUGUGUUUAGGUCUGAAGAGGGCUCAUCGCAAAUAUUUCUACCGUUUGUUUGUGUAAGUAUAAAAGUAACAGAAUCUUCUCCCAGAUUUACGUUUCAUUAAAGACUAACGGAAAUUUAUGGGAUUGACUAUGUUUGCUGUUGUGCAAAGUUAAGGGGUUCCCUUUUGGAUCCAGUUUCCUAAAAUUGGUAUCUGGCGUAUUUUUCUUACAGGACGUCAGGAUUGGUUCAACAGAUCAAGGUAAGAGACACGGGACAAUGCUUGGCCUUAACUGAAACGUAACCUGGAUGCCUACCGGCUUUUAUAACUUUUGCUAAAAAACGCUAUAAAGAUUCCUUCUACUCGUUAGUUGCUGGAUAAUGUUGGGUUGGGCGGAGUCGCGGGACAAUCUCGUAGCUAAGGAACUAUGGAGCAAAGGCGGCCAAAUGGUGACAGCACUCGCCUGGCCUGAGUUCGAAUAUUGGAGGCAACAGUUUGUUGUUGAUUUUCGCCCUUGCACCGAGAAGAUUUUCUCUGGGUGCCUCGGUUUUCCCUUCUUGUCAGAAAUGAAUAUUUCCAAAUUCCAAUUCGAUUCUGAUGGGUGAACAAAGGAUCACCUCGUGGGUGAGCCACCCGUGAAUUGUUAUCUAUUUAUUCAUUCAUUCAUUCAUUUGGUUGUUUGUUUACUUAUUUAUUUCAGUAUUCAGUAUUCAGUAUUUUCUUAAGUUUACAGGUUAUGCCAAUGUGCCGCCAAAUCCGCGCCCCGUGAUCUGCUAGCCAUCAAUAGUUGUUCUCAUCGUCUUUUAUUUCGUUUUUGCAUUGUAGCAGACGACGAACCUGUAGCAACCACUAGUAUGCCGACGAGUACCGGAGCUAAGAGCAUAGGGACAAAUUUGAGGUCUGAGAAUCAGGGACCCGCCCUAGGAAGUCCCCAGACGCCCCCAAUUUCAAACGUUCCUUCGACAAGGUACGUGCGGUGUAAGGAGUAAAAUCAGUGCUAGAGUAAACUUGUGAUCGUUUCGUUUUCUAUGGCGUGAAUUGUGCCCUAAAUCUUUUCCUAUGCAUUCAGGGGCAUUCAUGAUCUCUGGGUAUGACCCAGUGUAAUACAGCGUCAGGCAUCAGAGUGUACUAGGCUGGAGAGUACUUGUUUGACUGUUCACCUUACCACCUCUUCGUUAUCCAGACCCUGUGAUUUUUGGCCCGAAUAAAUGCUCACUCAUUUCCUCAUUCUGCAACCUCGAAGAUGUUACCACCUCGUUAUUACAAACAACGACCAUGUUUUGGAGUUGCUAAGAGUUAUUCUCUUCACUUUUACCUCUUGACUACAACUUGAUUUACCUUUGCGAGUUCUCUCAUUUGGUUACGGUAAAGAUCUCCCUUUUUCUUACGCUCGCGUUCUUUUUUUCGUUCCCAGCCUCCAUGACAGCGGAGGAAGCGGAGUAGGCCUGUGGUCGAGUGAGCUAAUGGAUCUUCAAGUUGACUAUUGGCUGGUACCGGGAUUAAAAAAGGAUGUUAAUAAGGUACUGUUUAUACUUUGAGUUUGUUUUAUUUGCUGCCUUGACAUAGGUCCUUUAUGAGCUAUGUGAUUUGCGUGUGUGCGUUUGUUCUUCCCUGAAGUCUUUUUCUCUCUUUUUAGUCGUCUCUCAAAACAACGUUUCGAACGCUAGUCGUCUCCAGACUCCCAUCCCUCGAAUCUCCAGAUGAACCAUCUGCGCUGACAGUCAUGGCUGUGACCAAAGAACGCAAUAAGAGAGGUCUGGAUUGAUGUUAUGCCUUGUAUUUUUUCCUUUCUCGUUUUUAGUCAGUAGUUGUUUCGAGGAUAUUCUAGUUGACCCGUGCAAAGACCCCAGUACCUUACUGUAUAUGCAGUGUAUUUUCUUUGCGUAUUUUUUUGUUUUGUUUUGUUUCUUGGAACCAAUUUAACUGCUGACAAAAUUAACCUUCCCCUUCCCUUUUAACGCCUGACACGCAGGCUAGAGAACAAAUAAUAGCAUGUGCAAAUUGUUUUUAAAAAGAAUUAGUUCUUUUUUUGAGUGGCCGCUAUAAAAUUUUCAUGUUUUUCUUCCAACGCAAUUCGUCUCCUUUGUUUUAUGGCGAUCACUGUCCGCAUCAGUUAAAGUUCUCCAAGGAAACGACAAACAACCCAGUGAACUGAGUGCGAAACUUUACUUAUUGAAUAGUAUUUUAAAAACAAUUAUUCCUGGGUUCAUUCUAGGGCCAGUUGCGUAAAACUUACGUCCGACCUCAACUUGUAUGCGCCGACUAACCAGUCAGGUGGUUUUAGAGUCCACUAGAUUCUGAGAGGAGGACGACUCCGAGAAUCAGAUUUUCUCUAUCCUAAGUAGUGCGCGCGCGUGAACCAGUGUCAUUUGGGCGGGAAAACGCGAUAGCCGCCGUUAUUCUACCACGGGUUUAGCAAGAAUCGUAGUGACGGAAACUAGGUAUCAAAUGUUAGAAGUUUUACCAAUUUGGGAUUGGGAGAGUAAACCUCCUUCAAUAAGAAUAACCGUGUUAACUUUUGAAGCUUCCCGGGAUGUCCUUUUUUAGAUUAUGCGAGAAAAGAAAAACUAGGCAAAUCUUUUCCUCGUAGAUGUCCUCGCCUUCGAAUCCAAAAGCCUCUAUUAGCCAUUAUGUUUUAUAAAAAGCCGAGUAUGUGUAGCUUUCUUUAGUAAUGAUAUAUGUUUUCUGCUCAAUGUAACAUAUAUGUGCCUUUGAUACAUCUUAAACGCUUUCGCUUGUGUGCACUUAAGUCUCGGUGAUCCAGCAUCUUACGGCUGUUUUACAUCCUUUCUGCAGGACUUGAAGCUGUUAUGCGGUCCAUGAAGAAAUCAAAAGAGCGAGACACCGAAUCCAAGAAUCAACCUGUGGUGGCGAGUGUGUCCAAACUAAUCUGUACCACAAGAGGACAGAGCAGUACUUUAAACGGUGAGUCAAUAAACCUACAUAGUACCCUGGGAGCCAGGGACUUCAUGGUGACCCGUUUUUUGUCGCGUCCUCCCCACUUGUGGCUUAAGCGUUCGGCCGAAGAUGUGUCGACCUGGUGCCGACCCCAAAAAAUCCUGCCGCACGCUGGUACCCAGGGUAAUAAACUACAAUCAUGGACAAAAGUCCUUGGGACAGUAAUGCAAUAUUUAUAUUUUUUUGUCAUUCUGGGUUCCCUCGUAAAACAGUGUAUCCUCUCCGAAAUUUUCUUGCAGUUCUCCCUCCCCCCCACCCUAUACAAAGUUGAACCUCGGAAAAACUUCUGGAUACACGCGUCCAAUGUUGUUUGCGGGGUAAGGGGAGGGGUUGGGCCAGGGUGAAUUGCAAAACGCCCAGAAAUGCAAAAGGGUCCCAACGCUUUUGUCCGUGAUUGUAGUUCUUGCUGUAGCUAAAGGCUGCUUAAGUUGUGAACUCGCGCAAAAUUCUACAUUAACGGCCCUCGAGAACGAUAUUUAGCACGUGAAAGAUUGACUCUGAAGAUGACUACCGCACAGGUUGUCGAAACGUCAGUCACUGUCAACAACAACAGUCCUAUUCAGGACUACUAUCACCCGGACGAUCAUGCCCAGCUUACUUAUUAGGGAGCUUAAGUAAAGGCGUUUUUGGGCGACGCACGUCAAUCGCAAGUGAGGUCUUCAAAAACCGCAAGUGAGUGCAGUGAAACUACUCGCCUGCGGUUCGUGGGUCCACUUGAGUUUUGAACAUGUUGACGUCAUUUCUAUGGUCGCUAAGAUAACAGACCAUGGAAAAUAGUUGUCGAUUUGUUAAUUUUGCAAUAACUGUUUUUCGGACGCUGAUUGGUCGAGAGCUAUGGUCGACAAGAGGGCGGACCAUGGAAAUGACGCGGUGAUGACGCAAUUUGACGGUAAUGGUCCAUGGUCUCUACUCCUACCGCUUUGCAGUGAAACCACUUGCCUGCGGCUGUCCUGUUUCACUUAAGUUUUCAACAUUUUGGUGUUGUUUCUACGGUCGAUGGGAGUAUAGACUGUGGAAAAUUGUUGUCAGUUUGUUAAAUAGAUAGCAGUAGGUAGAGUCCAGACUGCAUAAGCAGAUUCUUAGUGUUGUAUUUAUUGUCUUUCAGUUGUUAUUGAUGGUGUGACGUGGAGCGGUGUCAAGUUCUUCUCACUCUCCUCCCAGUGGCCCACGCAUAUCAAGAACUUUCCCAUCGGUCUGUUCGGAAGAGCCGAGACCACGUGUUGAACACGCCUAUCCAGGUCAGAAAACGUGGAUUGCGAGAAGCUGAGGCGAGUUUGGAGUGCCUUAGUUCAAGUGGAGAAUCCCCCGUAGUGUAGUGAUGUAAUUGUUCAUCAAAAGCGUUGAGCAGUUUAAACUCGCUAAAUUUGUUGAUAUAGAUUUCGAAAUGCGAGAGAAAAUGUUGAGAUAAGGUCAAUAAGCCUUUUAUUCGCAGAGUUCUUUUGCGGGUGUUUGAUGUGACGUUGGUCAACCAAACAUUUGAAGUUUUUGACUUGGCGGACAGACUCGAUGGUUGUCAAUUCCAAGUAUUGUGGAUGCAACCAAGCGCGCGCCUGUACUUUCCCUAUGUUCAAAGAAUUGAGUUGGUAAACAUCAAAAAUUGUGUAUAAACAAUCUCCGUCAGAUGCAAAUACAGAUUUACUGGCGACAGCUGGCAUCAGUUAACAAACCGCAUAGAAUCAAUCUUGCGCCCUUUUUUCACCAAUCAGAGGGAAAACAGUAAACAAACGUCACUUGGUCUAACUUGGUCACACCAGUUUUCCCGCGCCUGCCUGACGCCGGCGAUAUGUAUUUGCCUCUCUGAUUGGUUCAGUACUUUAUUAAUCUGUAUUGUGAUUAGAUAGAAUAUUUAUUCUGGUUUGGACUUAAAAUCAGUUCAAACAAGUUCUCGAUCAAACUUAAUGAUUACAAUAUAAGACAACGUUGCUUGAAAGAUUUAACAAAUAGUGAGUCAAAUAGGCGCGAAAAAAAGUUUUAUUGGAGAAAACAGCCCUUCGAGAGGAGCGAUUUAAAUUGUCUAUCGAUGAGGACACUUUGCAACGCAUAUCAUAAGGAUCGUAUUAUUCUGUAGUGUUCGGUCCUGGUCAUAUCUGAGAAAGUGUUGACAAAGUGUCAACGAGCUUGAAUAUUAAGUCGAUUUAAAUGUUUUUAAAACAUAGCCAGUCUUAACGUCUUAAUGAUGCUGAUUGUUUCGGUGACUGUCAGCCAUCUUUAUCAAAACUUGAAAAACAUUAAAAGUGUCAGAAGCCUUAAAUAGGCUUCUGAAGGUGUUAAUUAUUGCGAUAAACGCGCAAAGUCACUCUGUAGACGCCCCCCCCCCUGGUUUGGGGGUGGAGAUCACUUGUGUCCAUAUGGGAGAAAGCUAAUAGGCUCCCUCCCUGAUAGGCUAUGUUUUAAGAACAUUUACAUCGACUUAAUAGCUUCACUAGCCUGAUGAAUUUCUUCAAAAGCUUGAACAUUCUUUAUGCAAGUAGCGGUUUUCUUGUUCCGCCGUCGCGAUUAGUGAUAGAAAGACCCAAAUCAUUAAAUUUUCGAUGACAUUGCAGCCUUAUAACAGUUACCCAGUUUCUUUGAGAUGAAAUGGUCUACAGCUAAGUAGCUGGUAUCUGCAAAAUUUCUCUCUGCAAAAACCAAGGAAGGAGCAGAGUGCCUGAGCAAAGAGUUUUAUUUACUUGAGUAUAUAAAUAUUCGGAUAUUAUUCAAGAGCAAUUAAGACAAAAUUAUUCCAAAGUUAUUGAAACAACAAAAAAAACUCAGGUGCGAGUUUAUUUUUUAAGUAGUUACCUCAGGAUAUGCAUAGCGAAUUUAAAGAUUUAAUAAUUUAUUACAGAAAAAUCUAUUAUUACUCAGAAAUUCAUUGGUACGCCGAGAGUAUUAUCGUCGCUGAAAAAAAAGGAUUGUAAGGAAUAAGUUCAAUGAUAAGCUAUGAUACCGGGUUAUGUUUUUUUCCUUGAAUGUGUUUUAGUAUCCUCAAGAGUGUUAAAUUACCUUUCGCGUUCGCGGUGUAUUUCAUAGUUAAUUUAAUGCUGCAAUUUUUCAUUAAUGUACAGCAGUUUUCUAUCGCAUCUGGCCAAGAAAAUUUCCUACGUGGUUUAUACAAUUGUUGAGAUAAAUUAGGUUUUUUGAUGUUGAAUUCGGGGCUAGGUCCGAAAAUAUUUUAAGGUACGCUUAACCUUGUGUUUCGGUUUUCGCCCCAUGUAGUGGAAUCCGGGAAAUUUUUGCUCGUGGAAUCUGGAAUCCCACUAACGACUGGAUGCAGAACCCAAGUACCACUGACAAAGAAUCUGGAAUGCACAGCGUGGAAUCCAGAAUCCAAGACUGUCUUGGAUUCCCUUACGUCGGGCGACAGUUUGUUCAGAGACGCUAAUAUGCAAAUCGUAUGUCACGUAGCAAAUUCUCCUAGUAUGAGUCAGGAUCAUGAGUCGUCCAUGGCGUCAAUGCUCGAAAGUCAUGGAAUUUUUUUAAAAUUAGGCAGAAAUUAUGAAAAGUCGUGAUAAACAUCACCUUCUUUCGACUUCCCCUUUUAUGCGGCUACGCAAGGUUAUUUCGACUACUUUAUUUUGGCUUAAACGAAAAACAGUCGUUUCUUUUUUAAACAUCUCGUAGUUGCGACCGUAAAUUCAUGGCCAAACGGUGGUUAUAAUAACGUCGAGUGAACUUUAAAACUGUAAAUGGGUUGGUUCAGUUGCUGCAAAUGCUAUUUUCGUGUUGAUUAUGAAUUCAGUCUGUUUUUUUAAAAUAUUGUAAAAGUCCUGGAAUUUUACGGCCGCAAACGUUGUACGAACAAACAAACCAACUUUCCAAGCCCAUUGAGGCGUGGGAACUACAAGUGUUUUUCUUUCGUUAGUUGUACAAACCACGUAACGGAAUUUUUAUGGCCGUUAUUUUUUAUCGAGGGUACUUUCCUAAUUGCACUGUUUUAUUAGACCUCUAUUUUUGUAUUUCUUUGAGGGUGGUAAUUGAAACGGACUCUUGUGAAUCUCACGUGUUCCUAUUCAGAUGAGUAAAUAUUAUGAUAAAUUUUGAGGUGGAAAAUAUGCGAAAAAUGAUUGAAGCGAUUUGAAAUUGUUGAUUAGAACUGUAACAAGGAACAGUUUGAAAUAAA